AUGGCUUGCUUGGAUGCGAGCUGCGGUGAUGAGGUCAACAUUUCGAUCGACGAGUUGUUCAACAAUCCUCCGAUACCACCUCCUCCUCAUGAUGACAAUGUGGCAGAAACGCAGGUGGGCAUUGAAGAAGACCUGGAGCAAGGUUCCGAGGAUUCUACGAACAGCUUGAUUCGAGUCGUCCUUCAGCUGGUGUUUGGAAGAUACCCGGCACCUCUGUCUCUGAAGUCCCAAGUAGCUGUUGAAAAGGGUUCCUUGAUUGAGACUUUUCUGGAGAGCCGGCCAGAUCCGCAAUUCCAUCCUGGGGGAUAUGUGACCACGGAGUCCGUGGAGAAAGAAUUCACAAAAAGCGCAUUGCUCGCCACAAGAUGGGUGGUGGAAGCAUGCGAGUUCCUUCAGCUGGAGCGCAACAGCAAGGACGUAAACGAGCUUUUCCGGGGAUGGUUCAAGUCUGAUGCGGACCAAGUCAAGGACGCAGUUGGAAGGCACCUUUUCAACAUCUACUCAGCGCUGCUCUAUCUGGGAGUGGUCAAGGCGCCCGUCGACGACCAGCAAUGCAAGGCUCAAGGCAACAUGGCGUAUGUGACCAACAAAUGUCCCAUGGGCAACUUGCCUUAUCUACAGGAUGAGCCCUGUGGCCAGCGUGCCCCAGUGAACGGGGAGAGAUUGUAUGUGGUUCACGUCUGUCCCGUCGCCUGGAAGGAGAGUUCAAUGUUCCACGUGGGGAACAUCAUCCACGAGGCCUCGCACCACUACGGAACCAAGGAUCUUGCGUACGGAAUCCGGGGCUGUUUGGAGCUAAGCACCCUUCAGGCUUUGUCCAACGCGGAUCAAUACGUGUACUUCGUGCAGCACCUGGUCGCCUUGAAAUAUCCGGACAAGCUCAUGCGAAGCUACAGGGGAGCAGGGAAAGGAGAUCAUGUGGCUGACAAAGUCUUCGUGCGCCGGGCCGGAUAG